UUCGGUAAAGUGAUACGAGACGCUAGUUCGUGCUCACAUAAACAUUUUACGUAUCUCCCUCAGAAUUCAUGAUUCGCAAACGUGGGGAUAAACUGGUUGAAGAACGAAUGUGCGCGUGUGCUGGUAGUAACAAAACAGUAGUAGCAGCACUGUCAUUCGCUGGUGUUAAUAACUGUGACAAUGAAGGUGGUGGUGGUAGUGGUUGAGAUAAGUGCGGGGGACUGAAUGCACAUCAGCGAAUGUUGUGUCUCACGAAACAGUUUCUCAUGGUACACGUUGCAGAGGAUAUGCGAUAUAGUUUGAGGUGCCAAAGGUUGUACGAUUGACACGAUGUUAAAGGAUUAUUCGCCGAUUACGCAGGCGCUUUUCGGAACGCUAUUUACGUGGGGUCUCACUGCAGCGGGUGCCGCACUUGUCAUCGUAAUUCAAGGAAACCAACGCAAACUGUUGGACGUCAGCCUAGGAUUCGCGGCAGGCGUAAUGGUUGCGGCAAGUUACUGGUCCCUAUUGGCACCUGCCAUCGAAAUGGCGUCAAAGAGCAACAUUUAUGGAGCAGAAGGCGAAUACGCGUUCGUACCGGUUGGAGUUGGAUUUCUCGUAGGCGCGGCUUUCGUUUACGGGACGGACGCGUUGAUAUCUUCCCUCGGCAUUCAGUCCCCCAAUGUGCUUUUAGCUAUGCAAUCAGUCGGUACGAAACAAAGACGCAAGAUCCUUGCAAAACUAAAGAGUGAUGAGGACUUAGACGAUUAUGAUCCGUAUAACGACGUACAAAAAACCGGUGGAAAAAUGUAUACACAAAUUGAGUCGACCACCAUAGAUGGUUUUUACGAACAGAAUAGCAGACGACGUCAAAUAGCAAGGAUAAACACACCGGCAGAACCAGGAGAAGUUGGAGCGGUCUACGAAGACCCUAACAACGAAUGUAAAAACAACCAAUGGAGAAGAGUAUUGUUGUUGGUGGUUGCUAUUACGGUGCACAAUAUUCCAGAGGGGCUCGCAGUUGGAGUGGGAUUCGCGGCGGUAGGCAGCAGCGCGUCGGCAACUUUUGAAAAUGCCAGGAAUCUCGCGAUCGGCAUCGGUAUACAAAAUUUCCCCGAAGGACUGGCGGUGUCUCUGCCUCUUCGAUCGGCCGGCAUCAGCACCUUGAAGAGUUUCUGGUACGGUCAGCUCUCGGGGAUGGUGGAACCUCUCGCCGGCGUCCUUGGCGCGGCCGGAGUGACGCUCGCCGAACCUAUGCUGCCUUACGCGCUCGCCUUCGCAGCCGGUGCAAUGAUCUACGUGGUGAUCGACGACAUCGUCCCAGAAGCGCAUCAAAGCGGAAACAGUAAACUCGCCAGCUGGGCCGCCAUCGUCGGGUUCCUGAUAAUGAUGUCUCUGGACGUUGGAUUAGGGUAAAGCAUUGGUCGCGCACGAAAUUAGAGCAUUCGCGAUAGAGACGGGACUCGUUCCUCUCUAGAACCGUAUUUCCUUCGAGUAUUUCGCGAGAACGUCACUCGUCAGAUUCCCAGAUCGUUCCUUCUCGCGUUCUCGUUAAUUAGGUAAUUCUGUAGUUUCGCUGUUAUUAGAGUUUAGUUAGAGCGUCACGCGUAGAGUCAAUCGCGAACGUUCGCAGCGUCGAAAACAUCGCUUCCGUUAAUCUAGUCUCUGUCGACGCGAUUCCAAAAUCGAUCGGCCGACUCGUCGAAAGGACGUUUCCCGCAGAUGUCCUUCUCGAUCGACGUUAAGUCGCGACGUCUUCGAACGAUUGGAGGCGAUAGAAAUUUAUACCGGAAACCGUAGUGAAAUCGACGAAAAGCUUGCGACACGUUUGUUAAUGUUGCUCGAGAAGGCCAACGCGAAGAAUCGGUGCGGUUCCCUGUCGCGUUGCGCAACAUUCUCCGUAUACCAUUUUCUUUUAAAUGAGCUUUCUCACGGACAGGAACGUCGCAAUCUCGAUGCGCGUUUCGCACGACCCGUCCUUUUCAAAAACAUGUUCGCGUAUCGAUGCAUUUUCAGUUGAACUGCCAUCUUGCCGCAUUUCGUUUAUUUAUUUAAACCCCGGCGAAACGCGCGUCGAACGUUCUGUUCUCGAUCCUGAACGGAUCGCGAGAUAACGGAAUACAUUGUCCUCCAAAUGUGCGCGUAGAUAUAAGACGCGCGAAAGAACUAAAGGUACUUACUUUGAAUCGCGAAGAAACGAUCAAUGUUUUUUACGAUCUCGAUUUAAACGAGAACCAACACUGUUGGUCAGACUGUCAACCCGGUAUAUCGUGUUGGCGCUUCGCGAUCGAAGCGGUUCGAACGCGCUUUUUCUAGAUACAUAUUUUCUAAUUACGUAAUCUCGAUCCCUAAAUAAGUAUUCUCUUACCUAUUGCCACCGUUUCAACGACCUCCGAAACGAACGGAGAAGGGAAAGGUUUUCCAAGUCGAUUGCCUUACGAGGAAACCUUCCUCCGUUGAUUCUAAUUAAUUGUGUAUACAGAAAGCAAUAAAAGCACAGUACGAAUGAAA